AUGUCUCACACUACAAAUGUAACUUCGUCCUCAUCUCCCAUCCCAAAAAAUUCUCGCAUCGGUAUAAUAGGUGCCGGGCCGGCCGGAAUUUCAACCGCCCACUUUCUACGCAAGGAAGGCUACUCGAACAUCACCCUACUGGAAUCCUCUUCUCACAUCGCCGGAAAGAGUUCCACCUUCAUACACGAAAAUCGUGGUUACGAUGUCGGCGCUUUGAUGAUUGGUCACAACUACAAGAACGUAAAAUCCCUGGCCGAAGAGUUUAAUUGCCCCAUGGAGAAGUUCAACGGAAGUUCAUUGGACUUCGACACCAACAAGUACAUAUCGGAGGAUGUCAGUCAAAUCGGAAUUCUUACCAAUUCAUUCCUGAAGAACAUGUCACACUACCUGGAGGAGAGAAAAGCUUUUCAAGACAUUUCACUGCCCGGUCACGGGGAUCUCUCGGAGAACGCGUUGUAUGCGCCGAUCACCCAGUACUUGAAAGACAGAAAGAUGGAAUAUCUACAGGACGCUUGGAGUUUAGCUUACACCUCGGCCGGUUACGGUUAUGUACAGGAUGACAUUCCUGCUGCCUACUUCCUGAAAUUCAUACAAAAUUCGGAGAACACCAUCUGGUAUUUUAAAGAUGGCUUCCAAAAUUUCUGGUCCAAGAUGUGCGAGGGUCUCAAUGUGAUCUUAAAUUCGAAAGUGAUCUCCAUCGACCGUUCCCUAAAAAAUCAAAACCUCGGUCCAAUCCUCGUCACCAGCAGAAACUCGACCACCAGCUUUCAACAGACCUUGGCAUUCGACCAAAUCAUCGUCGCCACGAAUCCGCGACAAUUCACUCAAUUCCUUGAUACCCCCUCACCACUGGAAACCUCCCUAUUUUCACAAAUCAUCACAUUCGACUUCUACACCAUAAUAGCCACCGUUGAAGGUUUGCCCACCAAGGUUGGCAUGACCACCAUACCCAAGCAUUGUUCGGACAGUCGAUACGCGGGUCACAUCACCGCUUACUAUUGCGCUUACGAGGGGGUACCGACCUAUCUGUUCUACGCUUACGGAAAUAAAGAGAUCGAUCAGGAAAAGGUGACCGAGAUGUUCAAAGAGGAUCUGCUACACAUGGGCGGUAACCUAAAGGAGAUUCAUUACAAUCAACGCUGGGACUUCUUUCCUCACGUAUCGUCGCUCAGCAUGGCCAGGGGUUUCUACAGCAAAGUUGAAAAUAUGCAAGGCCAAAAUAGCACCUUUUACGUUGGAGGUUGGCUUGACUUUGAGCUCACCGAGAAUUGCGUUUCAUACAGCCGCGACCUUGUCCGCCGCUUCUUCAAUCUCUCCGGGGCCUCGCAAACCGAGAUUCUUCACCUGCCGAUCCGCGCGAAAUACGACGUCAGACCUCCGUCGACCACAAACUGGGGUUCGGUGUUACGAAUAGCUGCCAAACGAUUCCCCGAGCGGACAGCGUUUUCUUGGGUCGACGUGAACCUGAGGGAAGAGGCCAACACAAGCUUUGGGGAGCUGUAUCGUCAGGCCCGUGCCGUCGCCCAAUACUUGCGAUACACCGAGAACCUCAAAGUUGGCGAUCCCGUGUUGCUCUGUUACGCGCCGGGACUCAAAUUCUUGCCCAUCCUCUUUGGAUGUAUGAUGGCCGGUGUCAUCGCCGUUCCCAUCGCGCCGCCAAAUCUCGCCACCGCCGAAAAAGACAUUGCCAGGUUCAAGUACCUAUCCGAAGUCACCGGUGCAAAACUGGUCUUUAGCGACAAGAAUUAUAUGCUGUACACGCGACUCUACGCCGCAAAAAGUCUCUUGGGACUUGGCAAGAAGAUCGAUUGGCCCGAGGAUCUGACCUGGAUCGAGUGCGAAAAGGUCGUAAAGUCGCGCGAACUCCUUGACGAAAAAUUGAUCGAACAGGUGGACUGCGACAGUGUUGCCGUGCUGCAGUUCUCAUCGGGUAGCACGGGGGAUCCUAAAGGUGUCAUGCUCACACAUAAGAAUCUGCUGCAUAAUGUGGACCUGAUGCAAACCGAGAUUGGGCUAAACGCGGAUUCCACGAUUGCGUUCUGGGUACCACAGUUCCAUGACCUCGGAUUAAUCGGCGGUUUCUUGAACACUGUCCGGGGGGCCUGCAGGUCGUGCGUGAUGUCACCGUUGACCUUCCUGCAAAAACCGGAAUGUUGGCUUCAGAUGAUAUCCAAGUACGGGGCGACAUACACGGCUGCACCAAACUUCGCAUACGAACUGGUGACGAGAAAGUGCCCCGAGGAAACCAUCCCUUCCCUGGACCUAAGCUCUCUAAGAGGUGCCUUCAACGGCGCGGAACCCGUUCGCUGGUCCACCCUGAGAUCGUUCGCCAUGAAAUUCGGUCCGGCCGGAUUCAAGCUAUCAAUGUUCAGGUGCCUCUACGGUCUGGCCGAACACUGUGCCUACUCCGUCGGAUUCCGCAACCUACACGACGUGCCCACCGUUAUCGACAUCGAUCCUGUGAUGCUCCGGCAGGGACACGUCAAGAUAAGAAGCAAAGCCUCGGGUAACCAGAGUAACACGCCGCCCAAUAACAUCGUGUCAACCGGCGUGCCCAAUUUGUCAAUGGGGAUCGAGGUGAGAAUAGUUGAUAGUGAGACGAGGCAACUUUGCUCGCCCAAGACGGUCGGCGAAAUUUGGGUGUCGAGUCCAAGUGUGGGCAGGGGAUACUACGGUAAAGAAAAGGCCUCCGAGGAAACAUUCAGAACGAAGUUGGCCAACUGCGAUCACGGCAAUUGGGUCAAGGAUCACGGCAGCUUCCUGAGAACGGGUGAUCUCGGGUUCAUGUACAACGGAGAACUAUUCGUCACCGGAAGGGAGAAGGAUGUCAUCAUCAUCAAUGGCAAGAACCACUAUCCACAAGACAUUGAGCUUUCCGUCCAAGAGUGUCACAACGACAUACGACCCGGAUGUGUGGCGGCACUUCAUCAUCAAGAUCACGAGGUCGGUACCGAUUCGCUGAUAGUUCUCGCCGAAAUUCGUAAUCAAAAAGACGUGAAACCCCAGUCCCUGCAACAAAUUGUUGACGCGAUAAGUCGCAUCGUACCCGCGGAACACGGUUUAUCCCCACAAAGGAUCAUCAUCCUCAAACAGCACAGUCUGCCAAAGACGACGAGCGGAAAACUCCAACGAUCCAAGGCGAAGGAAAUGGUGUUGACCGGUUCGCUCGAUAAGAAGAUCCUCCUGAGUGUCGGGGAGGUGGUUGCCGAUCCGGCGUUUGCCGAAGAACAGAGACGAGCGACUCCCAAGGACAUCCCCGACGUACCAAGCAUCGAACAGAGAAUUGUCACUCACGUUCACCUGAUCUCAAAAUUGGCCGCCAAGUUACCGCUCAGUGAAAUCGAUGUCAAAGCUAAUCUCAUCACCACCUACGGUUUCGACUCCCUCUGUGCCGUGCAGUUGACCGCUUGUCUCGGCAGCGAAUUUGGCAUCGAGCUUGCGCCGGCCCUCAUGUUGGACCUGUACACCAUCUCCGAUUUGGCCGGACACAUCCAUGACCAGCUGAAAUCCAAUCAACUGUUUGACGAACCCGAGUGUUACGAGGAGGAGGAAGAGGAAGUGAUGCCACUUAAAGAAAUUCAGGAGACCAUAGCCAAGCUCGUCCACUCCAUCUCCAAGUUGGCUUCCAAGGGGUCGGUGGAAGACCUCGAUUUGAACGCCAAUCUCAUCACCGAUUACGGGUUCGACUCGUUGGCCGCUGUGCAGCUGACCGCGUCGAUGACCACCAGCUUCGGUAUGGAGAUUGCGCCGACGUUAUUAUACGAGGUUCACACCAUCGGAACCCUGGCGAAUCACGUGCACGGGAAAUUGCUGGAGAAGAGGUCGACGAAGAGGACAACGAAGAGAAACGCCGUCAUUGAAGCCGACGAACCACGGGUUCAGGACAAACCAAGAGAAACGCCGAAGUUAGUGCCUCUCGCCCCACGAAACGUUAUCAACAAACACAAUCCGGCCCUCUACUGCAUCCACCCAUUACUAGGAAACGUGGCCUCCUACGUCCAUCUGUCACGAAAUCUCGGCAUCACACGCCCGGUGUACGGAAUUCAGGCGCCGGGUGAUGUGGAGAGCGACAUCCCAUCGAUGGCACGUCGAUACGUGAGACUGCUGCUUGACACUCAAGAAAACGGACCAUACUACCUGUGCGGGUAUUCCUAUGGUGGACUCGUGGCGUGGGAAAUGGCCAAACAAUUGCAACAAGCCGGUUCAAAGGUCGGAGGGCUCUACCUCAUCGAUGCGCCUUCACCAUUGGUGAACCAAGUCCGUCCGCCAAUUGGCUCUCGGGAGGAACCCCACGUACUUUGGGAGUCCGACAUUGAUCAACUGUUGACGGACGUUGAUAGCCGAUGGAUGGAUCGACAAGGGUCCGAGGAUCCCGCAAAGAUCGAAGAGUUCAAGCGCCAAAUUGGCAUCCUCAUAGCAUCAAUGUACAACUACACCGACGACGUCUCCACGCCCGAAGCCAUUCAACCAUUCCCCGUACACUACUGGCGAGCAAAGGAUUACCAAGCAAAGACCAGCAAACUAUUGUUGGAUCACCCGUUGUUCAAUGAGGCCAAUUUUGGAUGGGAUCGAUAUCAAGGCGAGAUCACCUUCCAUCGUCCAGUGUCCGGUAAUCAUUACACGAUCCUCCGCGAAGAAACUUCGGGACGUUUGUCACGUGAAUUUGAUCUGAACAUGCCCACUAAUAAGAGCAAGAGGACCUCGAGCAUGGACCUGAAACCGUUGAUCCUAGAGGGAAUGGCCACAAACACGUCAAGCAGGUCGAGCCGACCGAGCAGUUCUCCGGCAUCGGAGAGGAAUUCGACGAUUUCGGCGUUCCCAUUGUUCAGAUCGGUUAACAAUGAAGACAGUUCACUGACCAAGCAGCAGCACCACCACCAGCUUGGGACCAUGAGAGCCCUGAUGGGUGCCAAGGUGCCUUUCCCGGUUAUGAUACUAAUGAUGACGGCGUUCAUCUGGAUGUAUAAUCAUUUGACGGUAUCAUACGCAUCUCUGUGA